GCCCCAUUGAAGCGGCGUCUGUAUAAAUAGCCCCACAGAUGCCUGAGCAGGAGACCGCGUGCUGGAUUCCCUCAACGCACACAGCUCAUUCUGUUGGGUCAGUCAGCGCUGAUAUAUCUGAAACAAUGGCUCUGACCAACCCUAUGUCAAUGCCCAUGGGACCAUGGAAGAUUACCGUUUAUGACCAGGAGCAUUUCCAGGGCAGGCGUUGCGAGUUCACCGCUUGCUGCCAGAACAUCAUGGAGUUCGGCAUGGAGACCGUCCGCUCCCUGAAAGUGGAGUGUGGCGCCUGGAUAGGUUUUGAGCACUCUACCUUCAAUGGCCAGCAGUUCAUCCUGGAGAAGGGAGAUUACCCAUGCUGGGAGGCCUGGAGUGGAAGCAAUGCCUAUCGCAUCGAGAGGCUGAUGUCCUUCCGCCCCAUCUGUUCUGCUAUGCACAAGGAUUCCCGUAUGAUGCUUUUCGAGUGUGAGAACAUGGGUGGAAGGCAGUGGGAGGUGUGCGGUGACUACCCCUCUCUGCAGGCUAUGGGAUGGUGCAACAACGAGGUCGGCUCCAUCCAAGUCAUGAGUGGCGCCUUUGUAUGCUACCAGUAUCCUGGUUACCGUGGUUACCAGUACAUUAUGGAGUGCGACUGCCACGGAGGCGAGUACAGGCACUACAGGGAGUACGGCUGCCACGCUCAGACCCCUCAGAUCCAGUCUAUCCGUAGGAUCCAGCACUGAGAGGAGCCAGCUGUGUCCUUCCUCUCUUCUCCCUCCCGUCUUCUUCCUCCUGAGCCCUUAAAUCCUCCACUUCCUCCAUCCCUCCGUUUUCCAGCCAUGCAAGACGGUUUGUUGACCACGACGGCUGGCUGGUACACUGGUGUUACACCAAUGUAACAAGUCCACAGCACUUUUUUUACCCACUACACGAGGAAAGAAAGACAAACUAUUGACGGCAGGAACGACGAGAUAAAACCCGCAGAAGAAAAAGUCCUGUAUGAUUCCAGCCGGACGGACGUGGUGUGAAGCUGGGAGCGUUGCUCUACUUUCGUCAUGACUUGAUCAUCAUGAUCGUAGCCAUUGCAGUUUUCAUGGUCAACAUCUGUACGAUUUUUGAUGAAUAAAGAACAUGAGUAUACAAUUUGAGGAAACACAAAAACAGAAUACUUGAUAUCAGCUGACUGUAGUGUGUGGAUCUUUCCUGACCUUACAUGAACAUUAGGACUCUGACAGAUUCAAGUCUCACAGCGUGAGCGUAAAAUGAGAAGGUGGAAUGAAUUGUCUAAAAUUAAA